AUGGGGGCGUCGGGGAAGUGGAUCAAGUCGCUGGUGGCCCUGAAGGCGCCCGAGAAGGCGGCGGGGCACAAGGGCACCCGCAAGUGGCGUCUGUGGCGGAGCUCGUCGGCCGCUUCCAGGGCCAGCGCCGGCGAGGGCAGCGCGCUGGCGUCCGAGGCUUCUUCGGCGUCGGCCGACUCGUUCAGCUCCGUCCUCGCCGCCGUGGUCCGCGCGCCGCCCAGGGAUUUCAUGCUCAUCAGGCAGGAGUGGGCCGCCGUCCGCAUCCAGACCGCCUUCCGCGCGUUCUUGGCGAGACGGGCGUUGAAGGCGCUGAGGGGCAUCGUCCGGCUGCAGGCGCUGGUGCGCGGCCGGCUCGUGCGCAAACAACUGGCCGUCACGCUCAAGUGCAUGCACGCGCUGCUGCGGGUGCAGGAACGCGCCCGGGAGCGCCGGGCGCGCUCGUCCGCUGACGGCCACGGUUCCCGGGGCCAGGAUGCGCUCAUCGGCCGUGCCAGUUCUACCAAAAACGCUAUGGAACAAUGGUGUGACCAUCACGGAUCUGUUGAUGAAGUAAGAUCAAAGAUACACAUGAAGCAUGAAGGUGCAGCAAAGAGAGAAAGGGCUAUUGCCUAUGCUCUGUCUCACCAGCCUCGGGGUGCAAAACACAAGGGAAGACCAAGUUCUCCUGCUAGCUGUGUUAGAAGCCAUGAGCCUAAUAGGUGCAAUCACGACUUGAGUUACUUGGAAGGAUGGAUGGCAACAAAGCCAUGGGAGACCAGAAUUAUGGGGGGAAAUCAUACCGACUCGCAGCUCGCGAAGAACUGCGAGGAGGCGAACUUGCCUGCCUCCAAGCUUUCUGAUGCUAGCUCAGUCAAAAUCAGAAGAAACAAUGUCACAACCAGGGUAGCAGCAGCCAAGCCGCCUCCUCCUUCGGUGCUGUCAGCUGCUUCUUCCGACUCUGUGUGCGACGAGAGCUCUCCGUCGAGAUCAUCAGUGACCUUGACGUCUGCUACCAACACUGUCUUAGCAUCAGAAGCAAGGUCAGACAGUUGCAACGCCGGAGGACCGAACUACAUGAGCUUGACCAAGUCUGCCAAAGCUAGGCUGAGUGGCUGCAGCAGCAGCCACCGAGGGUCGUCGUUCCAGCGGCAACGGUCCAGGGACAUGUCAAGGGUGGCUCUGUCUUCAAUCGACACCCAGAGCAACGCAGGCUCAGAGAUUUCAGUCACCUCCAAGAGACUGAACAGCAUGUCCCUGAAAGGAAGCCGGAGCAUGACGAUUGAUCGAUCGUUCAAGAUCAAUGGAUAA